CAGAACAAACAUGUUCGGUGCGGGGAUGGAGGCCGGACUAAACCGCUCGUCCCACUUGGCUGCGGGAAGGCGUCGGGGUUCUUCUUCGGUCCCUGCGAGUUGGUUCACCUGUUGUUCUGCGCGGCCUCCGCUGCCAUGUCUGUUGUGAUUCUGCCCUUCGAUUUCGGAAAACUUUGUGCUGGAUUGCGUGUACAUCCCCCUCCCCUUCCAGACUCCUAGCGGGAAGAUUUGGCAAAGAAAAGAGAGAAAAAGAAAGAAAGAAAGAAACGCUCCAGGGAAGAAAAAACAACAACAAAACGCUGUGUGUUGGUGCCCGGCGUUUUGUGACUUAUUUAUGAAAAUAUGCAUCGGUUUGAUACUGUCUUGGAAUUCAUGAGAUGGAAGCAUAGGUCAAAGCUGUUUGGAGAAAAUUGGAACUACAGUUUUAUCUAGCGCAUCCCUGAGGAAUCCAAAGAGAGCAGCAGGUGAAAGUCAUCGUCAAGUUGAUUUCAUUCUUCUAUAAGGAAAUCUCAUUCAGUAAAGCCAUUUAAAUUAGUAAAACAGCAGUACCAGUAAUUCAAAGUGGCCGUUGACAAGAUACGUGGACACUGAACAAUGACUCAGCUUUAUACUUACAUCAGAUUAUUGGGAGCCUGUCUGUUCAUCAUUUCUUAUGUUCAAGGGCAGAAUCUAGACAGUAUGCUCCAUGGCACUGGUAUGAAAUCAGACUUGGACCAAAAGAAGCCAGAAAAUGGAGUGACUUUAGCACCAGAGGAUACCUUGCCUUUCUUAAAGUGCUAUUGCUCGGGACACUGCCCAGAUGAUGCUGUUAAUAACACAUGCAUAACUAAUGGGCAUUGCUUUGCCAUUAUAGAAGAAGAUGAUCAGGGAGAAACCACAUUAGCAUCUGGGUGUAUGAAAUAUGAAGGCUCUGAUUUUCAGUGCAAGGAUUCACCAAAAGCACAGCUACACAGGACAAUAGAAUGUUGUUGGACCAAUUUGUGCAACCAGUAUCUGCAGCCUACACUGCCCCCUGUGGUUAUAGGUCCAUUCUUUGAUGGCAGCAUUCGAUGGCUGGUUGUGCUCACUUCCAUGGCUGUCUGCAUAAUCGCUAUGAUCAUCUUCUCCAGCUGCUUUUGUUACAAACAUUACUGUAAGAGCAUCUCAAGCAGAGGUCGUUACGACCGUGAUUUGGAACAGAAUGAAGCAUUUAUUCCAGUAGGAGAAUCAUUGAAAGACCUGAUUGACCAGUCACAAAGCUCUGGUAGCGGAUCUGGACUACCUUUAUUGGUUCAGCGAACAAUUGCCAAACAGAUUCAGAUGGUUCGGCAGGUUGGUAAAGGCCGUUAUGGAGAAGUAUGGAUGGGUAAAUGGCGUGGCGAAAAAGUAGCAGUCAAAGUAUUUUUUACCACUGAAGAAGCUAGCUGGUUUAGAGAAACAGAAAUCUACCAGACGGUGUUAAUGCAUCAUGAAAAUAUUCUUGGUUUUAUAGCUGCAGACAUUAAAGGCACUGGCUCCUGGACUCAGCUGUAUUUGAUUACUGAUUACCAUGAAAAUGGAUCUCUCUAUGACUUCCUGAAAUGUGCCACAUUAGACACCAGAGCCCUACUCAAGUUAGCUUAUUCUGCUGCCUGUGGUCUGUGCCACCUCCACACAAAAAUUUAUGGUACCCAAGGAAAGCCUACAAUUGCUCAUCGAGACCUGAAGAGCAAAAACAUCCUUAUUAAGAAAAAUGGAAGUUGCUGCAUUGCCGACCUGGGCCUGGCUGUUAAAUUCAACAGUGAUACAAACGAAGUUGACAUCUCCUUGAAUACCAGGGUAGGCACCAAGCGCUACAUGGCUCCCGAAGUGCUGGAUGAAAGCCUGAAUAAAAACCAUUUCCAGCCCUACAUCAUGGCUGACAUCUAUAGCUUUGGCUUAAUCAUCUGGGAAAUGGCUCGUCGGUGUGUUACAGGAGGAAUAGUGGAGGAGUAUCAGUUACCAUAUUACAACAUGGUGCCCAGUGACCCGUCCUACGAGGAUAUGCGUGAGGUUGUGUGUGUUAAACGCUUGCGGCCAAUCGUGUCUAACCGCUGGGACAGUGACGAAUGUCUUCGAGCAGUUUUGAAGCUGAUGUCAGAAUGUUGGGCCCAUAAUCCAGCCUCCAGACUCACAGCUUUGAGAAUCAAGAAGACACUUGCAAAAAUGGUUGAAUCCCAGGAUGUAAAGAUUUGACAGUUAAACAGCUGUGAGUGAGAAUCUAGACUGAAGAACUCCACCCAAGGAAUGGGUGGAUUAGCAUGGACUAGGAUGUUGGCUUGAUUUUCAGAUUCUUUCCUUGCCACAUCUUCACAGGCUGCUAACAAUAACCCUUUCACUACUCUGCAGAAUGCAAGAUUGGAACUUCCAAACAUGUCAUUCUUUAUGUAAAGACAGGAAAGCUUUGUUUGAAAUGUUUGGGUUUUUAUGAACUGCAUCAAGACUCCAAUCCUGAUAAGAAGCUUCUGGUCUAACUCUGGGUACUCAGUAUCCAAUCCGUAAAGUGAUGCUUUCUGUGAAAGCCUUGAGAAGAUGAAUGACCUCAGCAGAGAUGGAGAGACAUAUUUGCCUUCUGUCAGAGAAAACAUCUGUCUGUGUCCUGUCUUUGUAAACAGCCUAUAGAUUAUGAUCUCUUUGGGACACUGCCUGGUUAUCACGGUGCACCACGCAUUUGAUCUGCACAGCAGGGUUCCUCUGCGUCCAUGAAUCUAAGAAGAAAAGCUUGUGUGGUUGCCCAGGAGGGGGUGUGGCCGGUGGUUUCAACAUGCAAUAUCUGAUCAACAUUCGCCAAUCUCAUAGAAAUCAUCUGCCUGGUAACUGUAGUAACUUCUCCACCCACCAACUUUAGUUUUAACAUAAUAGUUGUAAAGGCCAAAUCAGUUUAAAGUGUCUGUAAAUUUGGACUCCAUUCUUCUGUCACCAUUUUGUUUUCUUUUUUGGUAAUUAUUUUUUUAUGAAACACCUUCUGUCCAGAGUUGAAACUCACUGCUUUGAACCAUACUUUGAAAGAAAGUGCCUCUUCCUGGAGUCAGCCUUACUGUACCUGAUAACGAUGUGCAUGCCUGUGAUCAAAUUCUGAAGUCUUUGCCCUCAGUACAUCUUAAAAAGGGAAGUUUGUUUAUCAUGUGUAAUGUGCUUUUAUUUUCACAACCUACAUAACCAUCUUUCUAGCCAUAUUUUACAUACAUACAUACAUACUUAAUUCUAUACAAAACAGCUCCCAUGGAUCUCACAUCUGAUCCUUAAUGGGGGAGAAUAUUUUAAAGUAGAAAACUAUGUAUGAAUUUCAGAAUUCAUGCAUUUAAAAACUUCACUAAGAUACUGCAUCAUUCUUCUUUUAUGAAGGAUGUAAGCUAAUAUAAAUUUGUCCGUAACUGGUAAGUGUAUUUUAGAUAUCUAAAUCUUUUGAAAUUUGGUUUUACAGUUUCUGGUCUCUAGCUUAUGAAGACAGUCGGGCAGAAGUGCCUCGUAUCUAGUCACUACCCGUAUCUACACUGAACUGCUAUUAUUCGUAAGGAAAAUGAUGCAUUUUUAUAGAGGCCUUGUGAUCUCAAAGAACAGUUCUGGUUCAGACUUACAUGCUGAUACCAUACUAUUUAAAUGUUUAUUCUGAGCAAACGAGCCAUGAGAGAUCAAGUGACAUUGUCUCUUUGGAUGGAACAUAAGUUAACACAGUCUGACGUUUAACUUAAAUGGGGUGCUGUCCAUCUGCUCAUUUAUGACUAAAUUCAUUCUAAUACCUGUACAUCACAUUCCACAAGUUUGAGAUUUGUUUUGACUAUUUGGUUUAAUGAGUUUCAUCUAGUCUAACCAAAGCCUGAGAACAUAGGAGAUGUGAGUUACCUAAGCCAAGUUUACCUGGAUGUAGUUUUGCCUGAAUAAACUAAAUCUUAAAAAUC